AUGGAUUGUGGUGCUGGGUCUGCGCCCAAACAUUAUGAGAGGCUGGACAACAAUGCCCACACCAGCCUCGAGGGAGUAGCCUAUCGGUUCCAGUGGGAACAAACCACUGGUCUUAUCAAAGUCGUCCCUAGCCCCGUCCAUGAGGGAGUAACACGCCAAUUCGCGAACUUCGUCACGUCUAAGCUAGUUCGUAUGGGAAUUCCCUUGGAAGACAACCUGUGGUUUGGAGUGAAGACAUACCACCCCGCUACCGGGAAAGGGAAGCAGGGUGAUGAUGUUUUUGUUCCGCGCUCUCGUUGCUUGCCAACCAUCGGCUGGCCCACCCUAGUUAUUGAAACGGAAGUUUCGGUUUACCUCCCAGGAAAGCCCCACCUGCCAGAGAAAAUGUGGUACGUAUAG